UUUUGACUAGCACCACGACAUGAAGGUCUUUACUCUCUUGGCGCUGGCGGCGGUGGCAUGUGCUGCAGACGACGCCAGAGGAAAGCGACUCAUCGCGACGUCCGACUCCACGGCGGAAUGGCUCACCCCCUCUGAGAUUUCAGACUUGGAAGCUCGGUCGAUUGGUUUUGUGGAUGCGACCAACGGUGACUGGGACAAACUGGCGGCGUACAAGACCCUUCGCCACGAAAUCUUGCGACUGGCUCCCAAGAAAUUCCCCACUGGCCCUGGCUACAAGUCUGUCGUGGGCGCGGCGAUAUCAAAAAUCAAGACGGCUGACUUGAAGGCGUUGCUGACAGACUUUGUCACCAAAUUUUCGACGCGUUACAAGGACUCCGCCCAAGGGGUCCAAUCGUGCGCGUGGAUUUUCGAUCAAGUCAAAAAGUUGUCGCCCACGCGACCCGACGUGAAGCUCACGGUGCGGCAGUUCAAGCACUCGUGGGGGCAGUACUCGGUCAUCGCUCGGUUGGAGCCCACAGUCAAGGCCAAGGCCAACGAUAUUGUGAUCGCUACAGCUCACCAAGACUCGAUCAACCGCUACAACAUCCAGCAAGCGCCAGGAGCCGACGACGACGGGUCCGGCACGAUCACAAUUCUGCAGGCGCUCAAAUACUUGCUCGCGACCAAGCAAUGGGUGCCCGUGCGCCCCGUGGAGUUUCAUUGGUACUCAGCCGAAGAGACGGGUCUCCAGGGGUCGGCGGACGUUGUCAAGACGUACGCCAGCCAGAGGGUCGACGUGUACGCCCAGAUGCAGCAGGACAUGACGGGUUGGGUCGCCCCGGGCAAACCCCCCGUUGUGAGUUUCAUGGACGACAACACGGACCCCGGCCUCACGGCGUUCCUGGAGACCCUUGUCAAAGCGUACUUGUCGAUUCCGGCCACACACGGCAAUUGUGGCUACGGGUGCUCCGACCAUGCGUCCUGGAAUCGCGCGGGGUACCCAGCGUCGAUGCCAUUCGAAACCAACUUCCGCGACUUGAACCCCAACAUCCACUCGACCCGCGACACGUUGGCCACGAUCGACUACAACCAUAUCGCCGAGUUUACCAAGUUGACCAUGUCAUACAUCAUCGAAUUGACGCAAGGGGUGCGCUAGAUGAUGGUUGUGUUGGUGGAGACGCCAACGGUUCGUGCCGUGUUGAUUUGUAACAAAAAAACAUCGAUGUUGAUGAGUCCCUGAA